AUGGACUACAAUCAGUUGUAUCUACUUGCAAUUUCUCUUACUGUCUUUAGUAUCUAUUUUGCAUAUAAUGGUCAACCUGAUCGUAAGGUUACUCUUGCUGGGCCUCAGUUUGGAUUGAAUCUUGUUCUCAAUGUCAGUGUAUCAGAAUAUUCAAGGCUGAGCAGCUCUAAUGUGGGAGUUAAAGUAUCAGUUCAUGAUAGGAAUUCUAUACCAGUCCCUCAUCAAGUUGGAGUAACUCUCUCUCCUGGAAAAAAUUCUUAUCUGGCCAUUGAAACAGUAAAGCACAUUGAUAAGACCAGAGAAUCAAACUGUGUUAGACAUGACAGAUCUCUUGAUUUUUUCCCAGGAUAUUCUUAUGCUGUUUCUACUUGUCGUAUUGAUGCUGAGUAUAGAAAUUACGCUGAUGUUAAUAAAUGUGGUUGCUCUCCUGAAGUUAACCCUUCAUCAAAUGUUAACACUCGUAAUUGCACAAUAGCUGAUAUCUGCUGUCUCUUUCAAGAAAGGCGUACCUUUGAUCCAUCAGUCAACUGUCCUCCAUCCUGUGAAUAUCUUUCCUAUGACAUCCAGCCAAGCUAUUCAGAUUUAUACACUGAUGGAGAAUCAGGAAGAAUAAAUUUGAUUUCACUUUAUGUUUACUUCGAUACUAUGCUUGUUACUCAGCUAUUCACUGAUUAUUCUUAUACAUUUGCUAAUCUGUUAGCAGAUAUGGGAGGUCUGCUUGGUUUGUUUACUGGAGCUAGUGUCAUUUCUCUACUGGAAGUGUGCAUACUGUUAUUUGAUGUUCUGAAGAGCCUGCUUUUAACACCACGUGUAAAUAAAGUUGUUGCUGAACUGGAAAAUAAAAUACAUUUGCCCGAAGUCGAAAUAGAAGAACCAGAAUCAGAUGAUUCAUUGUAAUUCCAUGCAAGAGUGCAUUAAUGAUAAAAGUGGUAUCAUGCACUCUUGGUGACUAUGAUCAAUAUUAUUACUUUUCAUAAUGUUUGUUUAUAAUGAUUGAUGCACUAAUGAUGUGUUACAUACAGGAA